CAAUCAUUAACACAUAUUAAAAUAAUUUAUUUUCCAAUAUAAAAGCAAAUAUGAUGCUCUGGAAAUUCAAAGUUUGUUUUAAAAUUUCAACAAUAAUGCACAAAUUAAAAAGCCUACUUUUGAUCUUAGGAACUUUUGGUAGCUCCUUGUGUACGAGGGACUACGAUUUUGAGUUCGAACGUAUUGAAGCAAUAAAAGGAGAAGAACAAACUUUGGUUGAUUAUUCUGCCGUACGUCUUACUCGGCCUGGGCGAGGUGAAAAAUACGUUGUUAACGGAAAUAUGAUUUAUCCCCAAGAUUUGGGUGAAGAUGUCAUGCAUAUGGUUAAAACAACUUAUAGUCCAGGUGGAACUAGUCAAUUUCGAGCACAUCCAUACACAGUCCAACAAUCAACUAUUUGUGAAUUUUUCAAAACUUUUUACAGGAAAUACGGACAACCUUGGAUUGAAGGACACACCGAUUUUCCUAUUAUUCCUGAAGAAGGCAUUUGUCCGCUACCUAAAGGAAACUAUUAUUUAAAAGAUUUACUGCUUGACGAAGACUUGCUUCCGGAUCAUGCUCCAAAAGGUUUAUGGAAGUUGGAACAAAUAUUUCAGAAGGACGGUAAAUGUGUUGGUGGUCUGGCAAUGUUUGCUAGAAUAACCAAUAAAGUUUGAUUAAAAACAUUAUGACACUAAAUUUAAGAAAUUAUUGUUCUUAAACUUAUUCAUAAAUAAAUUUAAAUAACCAUUUAUAAAAAAAAAGAAGAAAAGUACAAUUUGCAUGUUUUAAA